AUGCGUUCUGCUUUCGCUUUGACGGGCCUGACCAUCUUGUGCAACUUUGGUGUUGCCCUGGCAGGCCCAUGCAAGCCUCAUGCCACAGUAACGACAUCUGCCCCGACUACUUCGGAGACAAAUGGACCCGUCGUUGUCAAGAACGUGAUUGGCAACGGAAACUUCGCCGUCAGGGACUCCACCAACCCAAGUAACAUUCCCAACUACACCGUCGAAGGCCAGUGCCAAAUUGUUGAGAAUAAGGGUUAUACCGGCGACGGCAGCAAAGAGAAGGGUUGCGUCGAGCUACAAGCUGCCAACAAUCCUCCUGGACGCAAGCGAGCUCUUGGAAACAUCGUCAGCAUUUCGCAACAGCUUGACUCCCUCGACAUCAAGAAGAAGUACACCGUCCGCUUCUUUUACGCUGUGGUUACUGCCAGCCAGAUCAAUGUCUGCACCUUGAGCGCUUCCAUCGCCGGCCAUCAAUUCUAUACAUCAACAAUCCUCAGUAUUGGAACAGCUAUCGACUGGAAUACUGUUCUUGAGCAGACCGAUGUUCCCGAAACACAGGGUGCUUUUUCGGUGUCGGUCAACUGCCCCAUUGGUGGAAUUGCGGCUAUCUACGUCGAUUCGAUCUUUAUGUCUAACCAGGUCACUCCUGAGACGAUCAAUGAUGUAUCGAUUGACUUUGGUGAUGGGACUGAAGUUGCUACUACUACGACAUCUAACGGGUCAAGCAGUGAGAGCACAAGAAGCCCAUCGACACAAAUCGAGUCUGGAACUGAUACCCUCACUUCGGAAACUGCACGCCCUACAACUGAUCUUUCACCGGGGACCGAUACCAACACUAUCCAUCCAUCAACCAAGUCUUUUGUCACUAGUGAGACCACCAACAGUCAGAACAAGCCUUCGACCGCAACUGAGUUCCCUGUCCCGACUUUGGACCCCUCUACAGCAUCAGAGAAACAGUUCACGACUGUCACCUUAGACCCGCCCACGAGCGCCCUGCAACCCUCAACCGCGACUGACAUCUCCCCCUCGACCGCAAGCUCUCUACCAACUGGUUCGCGUGUCUGCCCUGUCGGAGCCCCUCCACCAGGAUACUGCACUCCUGUGCAGCCAGAAGUAACCCAGACGGUGUCCUUGCCAGGAAUCCCUCAGGUGUCUGAGAAUGAUCGUCCUACCGCCCCCAGGGCCUGCUGGGCUUUCGGAAAGGCAAAGCAAGGGACAUGGGGUCGUACAAAGUCCAGCAACCCUCGACAAAACUCCAUCGCUGACUGUGCCUUGCUUUGCAAGCAGGAAGGAUCUGCUUGUAAGGCCUUUGCGCUGUACAACUUGGGCUCGGAGACUAGCUGCUGGAUGCUUGGCAGCACACUGGGCGUCGUUGGUAUUGAUCUGAAUGCGCAGAAUUCUCUGAUGUGGAAUGAUUUCGAUUGCUUCGAGUGUCAUGAUUGUGACAUCAAGAACCCGGCGGACAUUGAGAUUUCGACCGUCGCACCUUCAACCACCUCUCUUCCAGCAAUCGUAACUACAUCGGCUUCUCCCUCCGUGCCUACUCUCUGUCCCAACUGCCAUCUCAAGAGCUCGCCAUCCUCAGACCUUGUCUGUGAGAAGAUUGGCAACCUUGGUGCUGUUGACCUCGAGCCAUAUGCCAACAACGAUUUCGAUCAGGCCACUAUGCAGACGAACUCGGAGCAGUGUGCGACUAUCUGUUACCAGCUAGAUGGCUGUGCUGCCUCAGCUCACGAUGCCGCUCGGGGACGGUGCAUUUUCACCAAUGUUGCCAUGACGAGCAGCGCCUUCCAGGAAGCGCAGAACCUGAACGCCCAUGAUUACAUUCUGCCAUGGAGUUCCCAAGGCUGCUGGUCCUGCUCUAACGAUUGCUCGGUCCAGCAUGAUACCACCAGUCAGGCUCCUAGCUCUACUGAACAUACUGUUGAAGAAACGACAAUGACACCAACACGUACUGAACCUCUUACAACCUUCAGCUCUUCUUACAUCCCAACAAUCACCGAGUCCUCCAUGCCUCAAUGCACCCUUGCUUUAUCCGAUGGAUGCACCUUCGACCAGAACAACUAUAACUAUCAAGACUGCAGUAAAUCAGGAACCAUUAGGAACACUUUUACACUCGAAGACAACGAAUACCCUUGGCAACAGGGCAUCAACACUUACCAGAACUGUGUAGCCCUUUGCAACCAAAUGCCCCACCGCUGCAAGUCUUCUGCAUGGGAUCAAAACCAACAAGCCUGUGUCUUCUCCUCCAACUCCAUAUUCACCUCGGCCUUCACACCUGGCAACGGAGGCGACCAGGAUAUGGAAUGGAGUGACCAAAGCUGCUGGAAAUGCUUCUGCCACGACCAAGAUCGCGAUGCAUACUCUGCGUCGCUGAGGACUGCUCUACCUACGGCGACUUGCGCCCCGAGCAUAACGAGCGAGGACGCCGUUUGUUCGCUCAAGCAGGUCGACGCCGGUGAUUUGGUCUGCCAACAUCAUGGAUACUUCCCAUGGCAGUGGGAUGAGGCACCUUCUAAGUUCCCUAACCAGGAUUCAGAGGAGCGUUGUGCGGCUCUUUGUAACUCUAACCCUGACUGUCAAGCGUCGGGCUGGUCUGAGGAGUAUGGCAAAUGCGCAAUUGGAGUUUGGCAGCUUAAGGGAAUUACAUGGCAACAGUUUGGUGAUACGAAGUUGAGCUGGAGUGAUAAGGGCUGUUGGGACUGCUCUGAUUGUAUUAAAAGUCAGAAAUGGCGGAUUUAUAACUAA